AUGACGGGUAAGAAGACAAAGGCAACGGGAGAUAACCUGGUCAACGCAGGAGCGGCCGAAGCAGCCGGUGAAGGGGGAUCGGGCCAGAUGCUGCCAGCCAACCAAAACGACCUAGAAGCCGCCAGGGAUACUUUGAGCGGGAAUAUAGACCAGCCGACUCUUCACCAGCUGCUGCUGGGCGUCCUGUCAGCAGCGCAGGCCAACGCCCCAAAAGCGCCAGCCAGAGAUCCCCGGACAGCACCGCCUCGGGACUGCUCUCCAGAUGUAGUCAUCACAAAAGACGUGACCAUCCGGCCAUCUGCAAGAGAGCAGCUCGCAGCAAUAAGGACUGAAGUUCAAGCGAACGACGCCCCGAAGCUGACAGCCCCACACGAGCAGCAGGAGCAGCUCGACGAGGGAACACUAAUGCUGCUAGAGACCGCCAUCACCACGCUGGAUGCGAACGAACCCCAGCUUGCCGUCGCGGGAGAAUGCCUCAAGAUCGCUCACCGCCGCCUUAAGUGCUACUCCGUUGCUCUGGCCAAGGCGGGCCCAGGAGCCAACGGUAUUUUCACGGCCCCCUACGAAAUCUGGCACGGCAGGCGAGUGGGAGGCUUCUGGGCCGCUAGUUCUACGAUUUAUCAUCUUAUAGCACCAUCCACCACUACCACACUAUACUUCGCCAUACGAACUCCCCCCCCUGCCCAACGAGACAACACACAAGCAGAGACCAAGAACACCGCCAAGCGUCCUGCACCCGGCCCUUCAGAGCCCACCCGGCCCCGGACCAAGGUCGCCCGCCAAGCCCAGGAACCACAUCCAGACCCAGGAGCCCCUUCAAGGAAUGAACAAGCGGUCCCAGAAGGAAUAAGGGCACGCGCGCAGACACUGGUUGGCCAGGUGCCCUUGGACGCUAACCCAAUGAUCGGGGAUCUAGCUCUGGCGUUGGCAAGCCAGGCGCACAAGGCGCGAGCUAGCAGCACAGUCGCCCAGUACAAGGAGCCAUGGCAGGAGUUCCUAGAUUGGGCAGAGCUACUACACAUUCGGGCGAGCGACAUUUAUGACAUCAGGCCAGAGAUAGUGGCCAUGUACCUGAUGCACGUCUACCAAACCGCGCAAGCGGAUGAAGUCCAAAACGGACCAGGAGGGCAAAGGGCAGACCAUCCGGAUCACGCGCGUGGGGGGCGUGGCCUGCCCAGUGGGCUUGACAGAGAGGCUGCUGGCGCUUGGUAACUAUGUCCGUGUCCCCAGUUCCCCCGUGGAGGAUGUGGGUCCGCUGCUGCGCAGGGUUAAGGCGACACAGCAAGGCCACCAGCUGCAGCAGAGGACCGGCUCUGUUCAGUCACCGAUCCCCAGCCUCAGCUAUACCUCCUUCCGGGAGAAGCUCGCUGCCAUGUGCAGCACCGUGGGCAUCAAGCGCGGCAUCAUGCCACACUCCAUGCGCAUCGGGGGAAACAGCGCGGCAGCAGCCAGAGGGGUAUCUGAAGAAGCCCGCAAGGCCCACGGUUGCUGGAAGACGGACGCAAUGGUGCAGCUAUAUACCCGGCUGGAAGACGAUGCCGCACUGGAAACCACGCGCAACCUGGGCCUCGCCUGAGUCAGAGGGCCCCUCCUGCUAUCUUUUCUGUCUGCAGUAGUGUAAGGCCCUUGGCAGCCCCGGUUUCGCCUCGCCCUGUCCUAUCCGGCACCCCAAACGCAACCGUACAGCAAGCCAUGAAGGUUAUAGGACAUAAUUGUAGCUUAGAUGCGGCAGGAGCAAAGCGAGUAUAGCCUCUAAGCUAGGUUAUGUACGGCAGCCGUAUGGCUUGCUGAGAAUUCGAAUUUACUAUUUCAGCUGACAGCUCCAUAGUUCCGGCAUUCUGCCUACACUAUUGGAGCUUAUUAUUGUUGCUCUCACUUCCCCCCCCCGCCCUCAGUGUCCCUCGUUUAUAAGCGGCAGG